AUGAGCUCGAAUGAAGAGAAUGGUAAAGUCAUCUAUCUGACUCUGGCGUACGAAGAAGUUAUGGAGGUGCCGUUGUCUAAAUGUGACGGUUUAAUACGACACUAUGUUCCAUCAAAACCACAAGAGGUGUUCGAAACGUAUCGAGACUUGAUCAUCGAACAUAUUCACAAGAAAUGGCCUAACGUCUCUGCUAACUUCACCUUGGAUCCUUUUCGAGGCUAUUUUAACUGCAAUGGUUAUGGUGGCCGAUACACAUUCAACUGUGAUGUUCCUGGUGUCGGUUUGGCGAUUGUGACAAUCACUGAGCCAUUUGAGGCGAGUGAUGGAGAAUUGGCCAAUGACAUGGCAGAAAGAAAACGACGAGCACAAAUCAAUGUCAGCUGA